UCAGAGCUGAUCAUACAUUCAUAUAUAUCAUACAAUCGAUCCAUCCAUCGUCACACCGGCCGCACUGCCAGAGCUCUGCGUCUUCUCACGACCAGAAUCACUGCACUGCACGAACAUGACGGCGCCGUUCUACUCCUGCCUCGUCGUCGCUGUGCUCCUGCUGCUCCGGUGGCCGGCGCCGAGCCUCGGUUCGGCGCGGGUUGCCCGGACCAUCACCGUGGACCAGGGCGGAGGAGGCGACUACAGGACGGUGCAGUCGGCGGUGGACGCUGUGCCCGACGGCAACACCCAUUGGGUCAAGAUCCACGUCAAGCAAGGGAGCUACAGGGAGAAGGUGACAAUCUCAAGCCAGAAAGGCUUCAUCUUGCUCGAAGGUGACGGCUCCUCGUCAACGGACAUCAACUUCGACUUGCACGCCGAUGUCAGCGAGACGCCCGGCAUCACCCCGAUCACGGGCCACCAGCGCGCCAACCUCACUGACACCGAGAUCUCGCCGACGUACAAAAGCGCCACAUUCACAGUCCAUUCCGACAACUUCGUCGCCCGCAACAUUGCCUUCAAGAACACGUACAAGGGCGCCCUCCCGGCGAUUGCGCUGCUCAUCGACGGCGACAAGGGCGCGUUCUACGACUGCGCCUUCCACGGGUACCAGGACACACUCUCCGACCUCGCCGGCCGGCACUACUUCCGCCACUGCUUCGUUGUGGGCGCCGUGGACUUCAUCUUCGGCUACGGCAAGUCGAUCUACGAGGACUGCACCCUCAUGUCCAACAUGCCGGCGUCGUCCCAGCAGCCCGGGUGGGUGACCGCGCACGGCCGGGCCGCCGACAGGAGCGCCGCCUUCGUGUUCAAGGGCGGCGUGAUCACGGGCUCCGGUAGGCAGUACCUCGGUCGCGCGUGGAACGAUCAGGCCGCCGUCGUGUUCUACCGGGUGAAAAUGGACGGCGUAAUCGUCCCGCAGGGGUGGGACAAGUGGAACUCCACCCAAGAUGUGUCACAUGUGUCGUUUACAGAGGUUGGAUGCAGCGGCCAGGGUUCCCGCAUCGCCGGGAGAGUGCCAUGGGAGAGGCGCAUGAACUAUGCAGAGGUGCAGAGAUUCGUGGACAUCCGCUUCAUCGACGAUGGUUGGCUAUCCAAUCAGCCCUAGUUGUGGCAGAAAUAAAUCGAGAUGUACAUUCAAGGUUCAUGAUCUGAUGUACUGGGGAAGAAAAGGGCUUAGGAUUGACCAACAGGACAAAUAAAUUGAGAAUUUCGUAGGAAUUUUAGAGAAUUUCAAUCCUUAUUAAGAAGUUUAUGUAUGGGCCUCUUUGGUUUACCAGAAGCAUUUUGGAGAAUUUUACUCGUAAUGAAUUG